UUGUGCUUGUGUUCAUAUUAAUAUAUUUACAGCGCAGGCAGAAACGCAUAUGUACAUGCACUACAUACUUAUUGGAUUAUAGCAACUAAAGAAAAUGAUGUGACCUUUGCCUGGGAUAAUACAUCAAUAUUUCCAAAUCAAAUGAUGUAAAGAAUUUCCUUAUAUUAAAAAAAGGCUUCCGGAGCGCUUCCAAUGCAAAAAUCUUCCUACAAUUGUGCCAAAUUGCCGGAUCUGUAAAUGACAUCACCGUUUCUGGAGUUUCUAGCGCAAUAAAAUAAAAAUGUUGUGAUUGAGUUUUGAAUUUUUCUCUAAGCUGUCAAUUUACUUCGCCAAAUAGGAAUUUUAAAGUGUUGUACGUCGUGCCUAAAAAAAAUAAUAUAAAAUUUGAUCGCUUAACAUAAAACGUAUUCGUGUUCGUGUUCGUGUUGCUCCACCCUGCCGUUUUGUUGUGAAUGUGGCCAAUGUGAUUUUUUUCAACUAUCGCAGCUUAAGAGAGCUUCUGUUCCGCUAGGCCUACUAAAUCCAUCAAAAAAUCAUACCUGCUACAUAAAAACAUACAUCGUAGUUGAUAAUUAUGAGCCUUAAUCAACAUAGUGGACCUGGCCCCCCAGAGAUCAGUAGCAGCUACAGUGAUAAGUCGUGCGAUCAAGUGGAUUCGUCGCAAACCUUGUGGCAGGAAAGCACAGCAGGCAUGUGUACGUCAUUAAGAGUUGCCGGUCCGCAGGUUUGUCAGAACGAAAUGGCAAAUAGUGAUGUACCGCCGGCUGAUUCGUCGCCUUUAGUAUUCAAUGACAGUGAUAACAGUAACAGUAACGGUAAAAGUUUCAGUACUGGCAAUGGCUCUAGCUGUUGCGGUCUUCCACCGGCAUCGGUAAUGCGUACAAUGUCCUCUGACCGACUUGUGACAGGCUCUUCAUGUCGCGCGCUGCGUACUGCUGUCUCAGCACUAUAUUCUGUGGAUGAUUUUGUCAAGGAAAAAAUUGGUUCCGGGUUUUUCUCAGAAGUUUACAGGGUCACCCAUCGAACUACUGGAGAGGUGAUGGUGCUGAAAAUGAAUCAAUUGCGCGCCAAUCGACCUAACAUGUUGCGGGAAGUUCAGUUGCUCAAUAAAUUGUCCCAUGCUAACAUAUUAAGCUUUAUGGGAGUUUGUGUGCAAGAAGGACAACUACAUGCUUUGACCGAGUACAUUAACGGUGGUUCAUUGGAGCAAUUGCUGGCUAACCAAGAGGCAUUUCUUAGCGCUGCCCAGAAAGUAAGACUGGCACUGGGCAUAGCCCGCGGAAUGAGUUAUGUUCACGACGCUGGCAUUUUUCAUAGAGAUUUGACUAGCAAGAACGUGCUUAUACGUAAUCUUGCAGAUGGACAAUAUGAAGCUGUUGUUGGUGAUUUUGGAUUGGCCGCUAAAAUACCAGUCAAGUCCGGUAAAUCGCGUUUAGAGACUGUUGGUUCACCGUACUGGGUUAGUCCUGAGUGUUUAAAGGGUCAAUGGUACGAUCAGACAAGUGAUGUUUUCUCUUUCGGAAUUAUUCAGUGCGAGAUUAUCGCACGCAUCGAAGCUGACCCAGACUUGAUGCCACGCACUGCUUCAUUUGGUCUUGAUUAUCUGGCGUUCGUUGAGCUCUGUCCAAUGGAUACACCACCUGAUUUUUUAAGGCUUGCAUUUUACUGUUGUCUCUACGAUCCUAAAAGUAGACCUACUUUCCGUGAUGCAACUAAAAAGCUGACGCUGCUUUUAGAAAAGUGCGAGCAUGAGUCAAGAUGCGAGAGCCCACUAAGCUCGCUGGAAUUAAUAAAUUAUUCUUUGAACGGUAGUGAUAUAGAAAAUGGGAUAAGUUUAUGCACUGCGCCAACUGUUGCUAAUAUUUAUACAGCACCAGCUGGUGUGCUGACACCGCGUGACCAACGAGACGUUGAUGAAGAUGGUUUUCGUUUUCCCAGUACAGGCAUUAGUUGUAAAUCAGCUUCUGCGGCUUUACCAUGCACGCCAAAUUGGUUGGCGGGGAGCAGCGAAUACGACGAACAUAUUUUAAAAUCACGCGUUCGUCGUGCUACACAGAAGCUAGAAGCAGAAAUUCUGCUACACCGCCGUUCACUCAGUGAGAACAUAAUCCACUUUCCGCUGCAUACAUCACCCAGUGAUAAAGCGCGUUGUCAUCAAAUGCAACGACAGCGAUCAUCUACGCAUUCGCCGACGCCACCACGACAAUUAGGGGAUUCUCAAACAGUUGCGGUGCUUUUACCAACUACGAACAUGUCGGAAACACUGCCACUUCUGCCACCAGUACCGGCAGUUCUAACGCUUCGCAAAGUGGGUGAAACAAUGUGCCUUAAGGAUCCGCAAUACAAACCAUCGUCAACUAAGGAUCACAACGGGGUAAAACCAAACCCUUUUACGGCGCUAGCACAACUUCGAGGCAUAAAGAAGAUAUUGGGCGCUAAUCCAAAGACAUACGCUGCGGGCGUGGGUGAUUUAUUUAGCUCGUGCUUUGAGAUGUCUGCUCCAUUUUUUAAGGAGCUAGUUUCAAUGCAGGGUAAAACCAUGGCACCUGGCACUGAAAUUGAAGUUAAUCAUUGUGCUUCGAAAAAAUCAGUUACUUGCAGCGAACCAAAGAGCUUACCUGUCUCCCCACAACUGACGCGAAAGUACAGCGCUGUCGAACUGAAGUUGCCUCAACGGGUCAGCAAUUCGACAGCUUCUGGAACGGCUGCAAUAGCCUCUCUUGUAACAUCAGCUCUUACUGAUAUUGACGAUUGCGAUUAUUGUAACUCAGAAGGUGAAGAUCUUGAUGGAGGAGGCAAUUGCGCUGAUGCUGAGUCCAGCAGUGAUGACAGCGCUAUACGUCCAUCUAUAAUGCCAGUCUCACGUAAAUAUCGCGCAAACUCUCUGUACACACAUCCACUUUUUCGUGGAAACAGCGGAACUAUUAUGAAGUACAGUAAAAGCGAGCUUGAAGUUACGGCAUUAUUAAAAACAAGCACAUUCACCAACACGUUGCCCCCUCUUAAAAUAAACGCAGAUUUGAAUAGUGAAAAAAAUAGGGAGGAGUACAGCAAAGAGCAUUCCAAAACCCCGACUCCUACAUGUUUCGUUCAGAAUGAAAAAACACCCGCUGCAGUUUCUGCAUUCACUGACCGCGAGCCGAAUGAACAAAAAAAUUCCUGCGAGCCACUCCCCCCAAAAAGAAACCAGACCCGGCGUGAUUCUAUUGAAAGUGGUUUCUUUUCGUGCUUAAAUGAAGAAUCGGAUGCAGCUACAACCACCACUAGUUACAGCCGACAGUUAUGCGGCAUCGGAUCGUUAGUUGUCGGUUGCGCCGCCAGUGGCAACAAUAGCAACUGCUGCUACGACGAGUUAAAAUCACAGCUGAGGAUUGAAACUUUGGCAAAUCAUAAACUUAAUGAUAAACUGGCAGGUCUUUGUCGUUGCUGUUACUAUGCAACCCCUACUUCAACCACCGCUAUAGUGGCUGCUGCUGCAGUCGCACAACAUCAUCAGAGUGAUUCUCCCACAACCUCAUCAUCUCUUUUGCUUUUAGAUAACGGAACUGCAGCAAUCGCCGGUAACACAUCCUCCUCAACAGCAUUAGAUUCAUUAGAUGAAUUGGAUCCUGAAAUUGUACCACCGCCCACACCAUAUCGUCGUUAUACAUGUCACCACCCAUUAGUAAGUGCUAAUGUUGCGGAUCCACAGAUGCCAGGGACAGCUGGAAUAAUCAAUCGAUUGGCUCUUGAUUCGGAGAUACACUCCCUUUUACAACGCAGCCCGUUUUCCACGAAUCAAUUGCUUUACUGCAAGAACCGCACUUCGUCCAUCUACACGGACAGUUCUGAUGACAUCAGCUCGGAUUCUCUUCUUUGGGAUGAUCGUUCUUUUACCGCAUUGCCCAGUACGCGUUCUGCUCAAAUAGCCAAAAUUGUAGAGUACUUUGAACGAAAGCGACAGGAAUCUUUGCCGGCUUCGGUGUAUACUCGUAGUGGUAAUGGUAGUGUUGCAGCUGCUGUAGCUGCCUCCGCGCUGGGCUCAAGUUAUCUGUCAUGUGAGUCGCAUCGAUAUUCAGAUUUCAAAAGACAUUUAAAUACCGAUCCGUUAUGCUUUGAAUUGGACAAGAAACCGUCUCAACAGCGUAUUAUGGUGUGCGAAGGAGCAGUCAGGUCAAAGUUAUCCAUAUUCGACAAGAAAAAGCAGCAACAACAAUCAAUGGGCAGUGGACAAGGUGGCUAGCCAUAUUGAGUUAAACUUAACUUUAUAUUUAUCAAGCAAUUUUAAAAAUGUUUUUCGGUUUCUUUUACUUUGGGAAUUGUAUCAGGAAAAAUUCUUUAACAUUUGAUAGCUUGAUCAGAAUACACCAGGAUUGCACACGAAAUGUUUAGUUGUAUAGAUUUUUGUGUUCUCUGCUUUCCAUUUCAAUUACCAUAUCUUUCACCAAUUAAACGUUGGCACUAAAA